AUGCCUUUGAUACAGCAAUUCACCGAUUCGUCCACCUUCCUAUAUAUCGCGCAAGCGGUAUUUAUAUUGAUCGCAGUUGUUGAAACGAUACGGCGAAGGAGAGCAGAGGCGAUCGCCGACAAAUACCGUCGACGCAUAAAAACCCUCCACGUCGCAUGCGACAGCAAAGACGACGAGAAUCGUGCAUUGCGAGAUGCUAAUGAGCAUCUGCAGGAAAAAGCGAAGGACUUGCAUACCACGGCGGAGAAAGCCAACGGCGCUGCGAAGCGCCACGCCUCCCUGCUGAGUACCAUCAGCCAUGAAAUAAGAACACCUCUCAAUGGCAUCAUUGGCCUUGGAGGGUUACUGGCGGAUACGCCGCUCAACCUAGAUCAACAGGAUCUCCUCCACUCCCUCCGCGAAUGCUCCGACGGUCUGCUGCUGAUCGUCAACGACGUGUUGGAUUUCAGCAAGAUUGAUGCGGGGAAAUUAGACUUGGAGUUCAAGCCGUUUGAUCUCAUCGGAUGCCUGCAGAGUGCGUGUCAUUUGAUGGACUUCAAUGCGUCACCGAAGGGGAUACAGUUGACGCAGAGGGUUGCUGAGGGAACGCCACGAUUUGUCAUGGGCGAUGUUCACCGCUUACGCCAGGUCCUGCAUAAUGUGCUGGGGAACGCUGUCAAGUUCACCGACCAUGGGACAGUGGAUGUGCGGGUGAAGGGAGAGGAGGCAAAGGCGCAGGAUGGGAGCGACGCUGUGCGGAUAACCUUUGAAGUCGAAGACUCGGGCAUCGGGAUACCAGAGGACGCCAUCGGCCGCCUCUUCCAAUCAUUCUUCCGGAGUAACAACUCCGGCAGUUACGGCGGCACCGGUCUCGGCCUCGCCAUCUCCAAACGCCUCGUCGAGCUCAUGGACCCCAACCAAGGGCGCAUGUGGGCCACGAGCACACUCGGCAAAGGAUCGACCUUCUACAUCUCCAUGGUCUUCAAAGCAUGCAACCCGGCAGACGCCAUGGGGAGGGGUCUGUCAGGCGCGGAUGGUCUGGAGUGGAUAGACAGGCACCACCGGGAGUCGCCGCCGAUUGCGCCGGCCGCUGACGAUGGAUCUGAUCGGCCAUUGUUGUUGGCGGAGAAGGUCCCGUUGCAGAUUUUGGUUGCGGAGGACAAUGUUGUGAAUCAGAAGCUGGCGUUGAGGUUGUUGAAGAAAUUGGGAUACCAUGACGAUCAGGUUACGUUGGUGGAGGAUGGGCAGCAGGCGAUUAAUGCCGUUCUGGAGAGGGCGUAUGAUAUCGUGCUCAUGGAUGUGCAGAUGUGA